UUCAAAAAGGCCCCGCCAAAAGCAAUAAACGCACUCUCCGACUCCCCCGAUUCUCUCUUCUCCGGCGGACGGAGGAUCAUCGACCGUUCUCCGCCACCGGCCUAUGUGCAGCCGCAGGCCGCCGCUUCCUCCGGCCGAAUGGAGAGAGGGCUUAUCUCCGUCGACCGUUGGUCGGGCGGAAGCCAAGCCUACUUCCUGACGCACCUGCACGCCGACCACACGCAGGGCCUCUCCUCCGCCUGGUCCAGGGGCCCUCUCUUCUGCUCCCACCUCACCUCCAAGCUCCUCCCCUUCAAGUUCCCCAACUUCAACCUCUCUCUCCUCCGCGUCCUCGAGGUAGGUUCGUGGCACUCGCUCUCCCUGACCUCUCCCUCUUCCGGUACCAAAACUGCCGUCCAGGUCAUGCUGAUCGACGCUCACCACUGUCCCGGUUCAGUGAUGUUCCUUUUCCGUGGAGAGUUUGGGUGCUUGCUCUACACUGGAGAUUUCCGAUGGGAAGCAUCUAUUGAAAAGGCCUAUACAUCCAAGAUUAUCCUUUUGAAUGCUAUCAAGGGCAGUAAACUCGAGGUUCUCUAUUUGGAUAAUACGUACUGUCACCCAUCAUAUGCUUUCCCUUCUCGGGUAGAUGCUGCCAAACAGGUUGUUGACAUCAUUAUCUCUCACCCUGAACACGACAUCAUCAUUGCGAUUGACAAUCUGGGAAAAGAAGAGCUUUUACUUUAUAUUUCCCGGAUGCUCAAAAUUAAGAUCUGGGUGUGGCCAGAACGUUUGCAGACUCUGCAUCUUCUUGGAUAUGAAGACAUAUUCACAACCAAAACUUCUUUUACCAGAGUCCGAGCUGUCCCACGGUAUAGUUUUACUGUUGAUACUUUGGAGGGACUGAAUAAAGUGCGCCCCACCAUAGGAAUUAUGCCCUCUGGACUUCCAGGGAUACUAGGACACUUUGGAAUGAAUGAGAAUUUAUGUACUUCUCUAGCAGACUCUAGGAGUAACGGAUUCAAAAGCAGUGAAAUUUUCACCAUCACCAGCAAUGGGCAGAAGUGGAAUGUAAGAUCAGUUGAGAAGUUACACCAAUAUAUAUAUUCGGUGCCAUAUUCUGAUCAUGCAAGCUUUUCAGAAAUUCAGGAAUUUGUAGAACUUGUCCGACCAAUCAACAUGAGAGGCAUCGUGUCUUCAUCAUCUUGCUACAUUAAUCCUCUCUAUUAUUUUGGUCACUUUCGAGGAGUAAAUCAACCAUCACAGAAGUCAUGGCAGAAGCACAAAGGAGUUGAAAGUAUGUCAGCUAUUCAAACCGAAUCUUUGUGCCAAAUUAGUCAUUGCCCUAAUUUAGCAAGGAAAAGGCGAAGGUCUGAAAAAAUUAGAAUUCUAGGUCAUCGUUUUAGCAGAGUAAGUGCUCUCAGGCGAGUUCGACAAGGUGUAAAGAUUGUGGAAAAUGACUGUGUGGACUGAUUAGCCCCGCAUUUUGCUCUCUUUAGAUGUAAUGUAAAGGUGGGAUUUGUUGCUCAUGUCACUGGAACACAGAAAGUUCGCUUAUCACUGUAAGCUGCUUUUAGUAAUGAAUGAGUGAAAGUUAUUCUUUGGCACAAA